AGCUUGAGGUUUCCAGUUAAAUUCUGAAAGGAAAACUUUAUUUUCAGCUUCAUGGCUGCAAGGUGGAGUUUGGACCCAACCCAGACUUUUUCUGACAGUUUGCAAGCAUCAUUUUCAACAUUGAUUAAUGUACAUUAGAUGGUGAUAUUUUUAAACUAUUAGGUGUUUUCCUCUGCUAAGAAUCCUCAAAUGUGUGUGUGUGUGUGUGUUGACCUUCUUACUGCUAUUUGCACUUAUUACCUCUCAGGCUGAGAGCUGUUAACUCAUGCCAUCAAUAUGCCUGCCUCUAAAGGUCUCCUGUCCCCACUCUGCCAUUUCUAAUCCAGUGUAGACAGAGAAAUCAGACCUGGAUAUUCAUAAUUAUGUGUAACGUAUAAAUACACUGCUGUGAAUCAUGGUCUAAAGAGCACAUGGGUUGCCUGGAAAGCUUCCUCUGAAGAAAGCCAGUUAGAAUACUUUUUAAAGGAAAUAAAGUAUAGUAGACAGAGCAGAUAUUCUAAGUAUGGAGACGGUGACUGAGUUGUUUGUUAGAAACAGUUGUAUCUAGUCAUAGUAGAAGUCAUUUACUUGGAUUUAAAAAUUCAACAAAUGUUGACUGAAUACCUUUUAUGUACCAUGAGGCAGUUAGUAAACCAUGAACAAAUAAAAUGUGUGAGGUGUUGGUAAGUACCAUAAAAACAAAUAAAUAAGGAGGGAAGGAAGGAAAGAAAGAAAGAAGGAAGGAAAGAAAAUAAAGGAAGAUAGAUACCUGAAUACAUGCCUGAGAGGAAUGGGAGGACUGUAGGUAAGCUUUUAUGUAGGUGGUCAGGAGAGAACUCUCUAGUAAGGUGACCUUUGAGCAGAGACCUGAAGGAGGUGGGGGAGCCAAAAGUAAGUGCAAUGGCCCUGAGGCAUUGCUUGACCUGAUCCACACAAAGGGGGUCAGUGUGGGUGCAGCAGGGUGAGCCAUGUGGAGAGCAGGAGGAGGUGCAUGUGGCUGCAGGGCUGACUGGGUAGGGCCUUGGAGACCCCUGUGAGGUCAUUGGCUCUUGCUCUGAGUCACAUGGGAAGGCAUGACUAGGUUUUGAGCAGCCAUGACCAGAGCUCACAGACUGGCUGCGGUAAUGGAGCUCAGAUGCCAGGAAAGCAGUUAGGAGAAGACUCAUGAAAUCCAGAGGACAGAUGACGGUGGCUUCGAAAUAUCGGAAUCUAAGGAUGCUUGAAUUUGUAGCCAAACCAUGUGCUAUAGCCCUCAACAUUCAGGCCAAUGGACCACAAAUUGCCCAGCCAAAUGCCAUUCUGGAAAAGGUCUUCACUGCGAUUACAAAGCAUCCUGAUGAAAAGCGGUUGGAAGGUCUCUCCAAGCAGCUGGACUGGGACGUCCGCAGCAUACAACGCUGGUUUCGACAGAGACGCAACCAGGAGAAGCCAAGCACGCUGACGAGGUUCUGUGAGAGCAUGUGGAGAUUUUCGUUUUACCUUUAUGUAUUUACCUAUGGAGUGCGGUUCCUGAAAAAGACCCCCUGGUUGUGGAACACAAGGCACUGCUGGUACAACUAUCCCUAUCAGCCGCUCACAACUGACCUUCACUACUAUUAUAUCCUGGAGCUGUCGUUUUAUUGGUCUUUAAUGUUUUCCCAGUUCACUGAUAUCAAAAGAAAGGACUUUGGCAUUAUGUUCCUGCAUCACCUUGUAUCUAUUUGCUUGAUUACCUUUUCAUAUGUCAACAAUAUGGCCCGAGUAGGGACCCUGGUCCUCUGUCUCCACGAUUCAGCUGAUGCUCUUCUAGAGGCUGCCAAAAUGGCAAAUUAUGCAAAGUUUCAGAAAGUUUGUGAUCUUCUGUUUGUCAUGUUUGCCAUGGUUUUUAUCACCACACGACUGGGUAUAUUUCCUCUCUGGGUGUUAAAUACGACGUUAUUUGAAAGUUGGGAGAUCGUUGGACCUUAUCCUUCCUGGUGGGUUUUUAACCUACUGCUGUUGCUAAUACAAGGCUUGAACUGCUUCUGGUCUUACUUGAUCUUAAAAAUAGCUUGCAAAGCUAUUUCAAAAGGCAAGGCUGGGAAAUGGAACCCUUUACAUGUGUCCAAGGAUGAUCGAAGUGAUAUUGAGUCUAGCUCAGAUGAGGAAGACUCAGAACCUCCAGGGAAGAACCCCCACACUGCGACCACCACCAAUGGGACCAGUGGUACCAAUGGGUAUCUCCUGACCGGCCCUUGCUCCGUGGAUGAUUAAUUACUCAAAACUAGAAGUCCCGAACAAAGUGAACUGUUUGUUCCUGGAAGUAUUUAAUAAGUUGCAAAUGCAGUUCCUUUCAUAAUAUCUCAGCACCAGAAACAAAAAUUAGGAUUAUCAAAGCAUUUUGAAUAGCGCACUGCCAUAUGUUCUGUCUGUGAAUGAAGAAGAAUUACCAUUCUCUAAAUGUAGGCAUGCUGUACGUGAUUGACACAAGGGAACAGUAUUUGCGUUUGUACUGUCUUAGAAUAUUAUUUAUUUUUUGUAUUUGUUUGUAAAUCUGUGGACAAAAGAGGGUUUCCUCACUCCUUUUACUCUCUGGGUACGUAACGUGAGGGAGAUGCUUCAUCUGCUUCUACCCCUUUCUAUUGCUGUAACUCAGUGUGCUAAGAGCAUCAGCUUAAUUUGUCUGUUAGAGCAAGCAAAGCCCAGCACAAGAUUCUCGUACAGCUCCAAAUAGGUUUGCUUUCUUUGUGUUAGUGCCCAUUAUGAAAUUGCCCAUACAGUCUCAGUGACCGUUCUCCCAGUAUAAAGUUUAAACAGGAUGAGCUAGGUUUUUUGAUUGUCACUCUUCAUGGUUAAUUAGCAGUUCACAUUAAAGAGUAUGGUUGUUGGAGGGCUUUUUAAAAACUGCUUUACAUUAAAUUGCUUUGGAAUAAACUUCAUUUAUUGUGCACGCAGCCAAGAUUUCUUCACUGAGUGUGGUAGCUAGUUGGAGAUUAACCUUGUGGGCUACAGAGAUUUUUUAUUUUCUAGUGUGAGGUCAGUGCUCUGGCUCUGAGGAAGGCGUUUGCUUAAGGUCAUAGUUAGAAGCAAAGAAAUCACUGUGAAUAUUGGGAAUUUGCCUUGUGAUCUGAGAAAAUCAUAAAGAGAGCAGCUGAUUUCAACCAGAUUUUACCACUACCCCUAUAAUUAGCACAGUCUUCUAUUAUGUCAUGAAGAAAAGAAGCUAAGUAUAUUAUGGGACAGAAGAAGGGGACUUUUAAGAGUUGACAAAGGACACCUCUAGUGCUCAGCACUUUAUUGGAACCAGCUUUCAAGAAAGUGCCCUAUCUAGUAUUUGAUAUUGAUGUUUUUAUUUCUCUGAGCAAAAUAAAGUCAAGGGGAGAAAGACUGUUUUACCCUUUGCCUUUUCUCCUUAAACGUAACCCCAAAUGACUCCCUGUUACUAGGAACUGAGCACUGUCGCACUCUACGUCCUUUCAUUGCUUCUUUGAAGACUUGAUCAGUUUCUAGGAAAUUUUAUUCAAACAAAGCUAUUUCUGCUGGACAAUGGAAAUAUCAGCAAUGAGAAAGAUGACUGGAAAAUAAGUUUCCAAGUCUCCUACAUGGCAGUGUUAUUUAUGUCCAGAUAAGAAAACCAUACACAUAAACCAAAGAUUUUAUCUCUUUUCUUCCAACUUUUAGUAAGAGGGAAUAAAAAGUUGUUACAAAUAUUUCAUAAACUAAAAAGACCAUCAUCUAAAACACGAGUCCAAAACCACAAUGCAGCGGUACAAAUGUGUGAAUCAGGGCGUCCUGAAGACAAGAACAAGAUGCUAGAGAAUGCGUGUCCUGCUCAGAGCCAUUCAUAUUCAGUUUGAUUUUUUGAAAAAACUAAAAUAAAGCUUUGUGCCCACAAUUUGCAACCUGUGGGUUAAUAGUUAAAAAAAAAUGCUCCCAAAUAAAAACCUCACACUGUAAUAUUAAAUCUUUCCCCACCUGUUUAGAAAGUGGUAUGUUUCUGGUAUGGUCCCUAGGAAAGGUUGAAGAGGCUUGGAAAUAUGUCUGCUUGUUGAUUGAGAAAGCUGUGCAACUAAUGCUUCUUGUAAAGCCUAUGAUUUUUAUCUCACAAAACAGGGAAAUGCCUAGGAGUAUAAUUUGUGGAUAGUUUGAAUUUGUAAGACCAAUCAUAAAACAUCAAAAGUACUUGUUAGUCAUUCGAACAUCUGCUAAAAGGCAGAUAUAUAAAAAGCAACAGUAAGCAUGUCAUAGCUGAAAUAUUUUGAGAAGGUGAAAGUUUCUUUUCUUUUUCAACUGAAAUAUGGACCAGAAGAGUGAAGUGUAUCUUGCUUUAGUGUCUGGAGCAAGUCCUCUCGAUGAGUAAAGUAAACCAGAGAACCACAGUGUAUUCAAAUUUGGAUCAUCUGACGAUCUUUAGCACAGAAGAAUAAUUUCCAGAGGUCAGCUUGUAAAUGAAAAAUUUAGAAGAGUUGCAUAAAAUGAAGUAAAUUGAGUAUGUCCUUAGCAAAGACAAAUCUAAAUAAUCUUUUCUUUUUCCUGACAGUCACUUAGAAGGAGGACUGAGAGUACUCAGAGCCCAGCUCAACACAGGCCUCUAUGUAUUUAUGGGUUUUUAUUUCAUUUUUCAUUUUAGGGCAAAGAGUUCUUUUUGACUAAUCAAAAUAGUGUUUGUAGGGCUUGUAAGGUGAAGAAUAAUCUGUCUCUGUCUACUGCUUUCCCAUGGUGGCCUGAUAAGCCUGAGAGAGAAAAAUCUGUGAGAUAUCUUAUCUUCUACCUGUGCCAGGCCAUAGCUUUGGAAGUAUGUUUUAUCAAUUCAACUGUAGGUUAGUUAGUGUUGCUUCCCGUUAGUUAACGUAGCCUGCAUUAAUACUUCCCUCCUCCUGGUCACAUUCAAACCUUCCCAGGGUACAGAGGAAAAUGUAGGAAGGGGUCUAGAAAAAGUAAUAUUUUGUCCUCUAAUGUUAUAAAAGCAUUAUUCCCUAAUGCUUUUCUAGAUCUCUUAGUGGGGAAAAAGUAGAAAAUUGAGUAGAAUUUGGCCUUGGGUCAAUAAAUAAUAUAAAAAUGUGUGAUCUAUGUAUGUACAUGUAUAUUUCUCCAAAAACGUGAUAAAACCGAAAUGUCACUGACUCAUCCUUAUCCAUAUUCUUUUCAUAAAAACCAUCCACCAUGAACCAUAGAAACUGCUGCCUCCUUCUCAACUUCCUGUUCAUGGUACCCACGUGGCAGAGAGUAGUAGAAUCCUUUCAGCCUCAGCCUCGGAGCUCAAUGUGGCAGAGUUCAGAUCGCAGAGGGCCUAAGGUCAGCAUAGAAGCCAAACACAGUGCUUGUUUCCAAAUUUAGUCAUAUGAACGUCCAGAAUAGGGGAGCAUCUAUCAGCAUUUUGGAUUAUUAAACUAUGUGUGAAAAAAAUCGCAUGCAAUUGCUGCUUCAUCUGGGAUUUUAUUAACAUCCAACUCCCGCGAGGCUGCUAGACAGAUGAUGUCGUGAGGUACCAUGAGGUAGUGAAACAGGUACCUGACAAAGAUGAGCUAGGAAGGAAGGUAGGGUCUCCAAAGAAAGCAAGCAGUUGGGUGAAAGAAAUAACUCUUCAGUGAGAUAAGAUCAGAUCACCUUUAGUCAAAAUGGUGGGUGAACCUCAAAAUGUCCAGUUCUGUUGCCAAACUUUCCAUUCUGAGUAUUUCAUAGAGUUUGAAUUUGAGCAAACUGAAUGUUUCGCCUUAGGUAGAAACAGUGUGAAUCAUCCACUUUGUGUAUUUCAACCUUAUUGCUAUUUGAACUGAAGUGAAAUAUGAGAUUUCGUUUCAGCUUACCUGAGACUUUGCAAAAGAGCUCUUCGGAGAGAACUUUAUGAACAUCCAUGAUCAUUCCCACUCUGUUCAUGAUUUUGCAUUGAUAUUUAUUUUUGUCCAUUCCUUAGAAAUAUUAAUGCCAAAGUUGCCUGAAUCUUUGAGUAUUUUUUCUUAAUUUGAAGUGUAAAAAGUGUACAGAAUAAUUCCAAAGGUGUUAAAAGAGUCUGUUUGUCAGUGUGUGUCCAGAGAGGCUUCAAGAAAUCCUUUGGAAAUAAAAGGUUAGAUGUUUACAUUUCAUGUGCUAUUUGAGGUCUUAAGAUUCUAAUUAGCUUCCUUUUUUUUAUUUGUUUUUUUGGCAGACUUCUGCUUGUAGGUAAAUAUUAGUAGCCCUGAAAUGUUUCUAACAUUCAAAUAAGAAAAAAAUCAAGUCAAAUGAGAGUCAGCCUGAUGAGAAAGUGAUGACAAGGCACUUUCUGUUUCUAAGUAACCUGUAUGGAAAGAGAAAAUGCAGUUAGCUCUGGUUAUUAUACUUGCUGUCUAGUAUGCUGUCCAUAUAAGGAAUACUCUCAAUAAUCAUAAACAGUUCUUGAAGUCAUGCAAAAUGCAGCAAGGUACUUGUUUAAAUGAAGAUGUUGUUGUCCCCAGAGUCAGUUUAAGUUUCUCUUGGUAAAAUGAAAUUGUGCCAUUUCUCACAUUACCAGACAGUAAUUAGCACUGGUUCACUGUAGCCACAUUUUAGUUUGUCGUCGUAAUAAGCCAGAAAAGGGCCCUGUGGUUUGCCUUUGUGUGCACGGUCCCCUCCCCUCCCCUAGGGGGCGCUCAGUGGAUGCCGAGGAGGCCUGUCCACUCUGCUGUUGAAACUCUUCUAACAUAUAUUCAGAGGGAGCAUACCAGAUGCUGGUUUUCAUGGAGAAACUUGUAUUAGAGAACAUAAAACAUCAUAAGUAACUGUUAAUAAGAUCUGCAGACACCCAAAGGAGAACCUUAGUCUUUUUCAGGUAUUUCCAACUUGAAUUCAACCUGAAGCCUUUGAAAGGAAGGCAUUGCCAAAUGGCCCCAAGCUCAGACCUCGUCAGAACAAAGAAAUAAAAGUCUCUGCAGCCAGAUGGCGUAUGUUAUGGUGUCUCCACAAGACUAGGCAUCCUCAAGAUUGCCCAGGAAGGAUGAGAGGGGACUGUUAGCUACGAUGUGUCUUCUUUAUCUCAUUCGCUCCCAUUCCUUUCAGCUUACUGGAACUCUUGAUAAAAGGAAGCCAGAAUAUUAUCACUUCUCUGCUAUAGAUUUCCCAAUAGCCUCUGGAUCAGUUGCGUACCACGCUUUGUUCUCUGCCUGAUUCCUUUUUUCUUAAAAAGUACUGUGCCCGUGUGUGCCUGUUUUCCUUAACACAGGUCCAGGAAAGCUGACUUCCUAUUUUCGUGUAUGUUGCAUGGCCUGGAAACCAGGGAAUUACAGCUGUCGAUAUGAUUCCGAUGUUAAGUGAAAACUUAUAUUUUAUAGACAUAAUUUUUGGGGGAAUCUACAGUAAUUUUUUAAACUGUCAUUGUAAAACUGACCUUGAAAAAUUAGGAGUUUUUAAAGAUCAGUUGCCAAAGAGAAAUUAGCUCUGUAAUAGGAACAGUUAUGUGGCAAUUCUGAAACUUUAACUUAGAGUUUCAUUAAUUUAAACAUGGAAAACACCCUUCAAGUUUGAUUUCCAAACGCUUCCUAAAGCCUCUAAGCUCAUGAUACUCAUCAAGUCUGUUUGCCCAUGUGCUCAGUUACCUCCACAGCCAUUUGUUGUCGUGUGAGGGGGAGGUAGUUAGUUUUUGGAUUUGAUUUUUUUUCAACUUGCAGUGAGAAUUAGGAUCAGUGACAAAACCUUACUUGUUUUCCUCAGACAAUUCAGUGCUUGAGCAUCUCUGUCAGAAAUGGAAUGAUGUACUGUUAGCCAAUUAGAAUUACUUUAUGUAUUGUUGUGUUUUGCUGAUUUUUAUAUGAAAAUAUAAUUAUUCAUUCUUGAUCUCUGGAAGCAAUCAUUAUUAUAUGAGGGUCAUUUUACGUUGGAAACACUUUCAUAAUAAAGAUAAGUCUGAAGAGUA